UUGCUAUUUUGGUGAUCAGUUCCACCGAAUCUUGUAAGCGACAAGGAAGAGAACCAAUCGCCGGCACAAAUUUUCUCGUCUCUGCCGGCCACACACCGGUUUCGGAACAUAAACAUAUACUACUCCUCCAACUUGCUUCCUGUGGGAACCCCACGAGGCACCCCCCGCGUCCCGGCCACCUGCUACCCAUUGUUAUUGCUUGCUGCACCCACAACAAGAUUCGGUUUAGCGCUGGCGCGUGACCAAGAUCGAUCAUUGACUGCUACCACUACACAUAUUCUCCGGGACAGCAGCGCGUGAAGGGAGAAAGACGGGAUGGCCGGCGGCGAGAUUCAGGAGGGAGCGGCCGGCAGCGAGGGCCAGGAAGCGACGGCGCCGUUGCUGGAGAAGGAGAAGGCGGCGGCUGUGUACGUCGAGGGCUGCCCUGGCUGCGCCUCCGAUCGGAGGAAGGCGGCCAACCCGGGCAUCCCCUACCUGCAGUUCUUCCACGUCUGGUCCAUCAUCCUCGUCUCAUGUUUGCCAAUAUCAUUUAUAUAUCCCUUCUUGUAUUUCAUGAUAAGGGACUUGCAUGUUGCCAAAACAGUAGAAGACAUUGGAUUUUAUGGAGGUUUUGUAGGUGCUUCAUAUAUGCUUGGUAGAGCUUUAACUUCCACAGUUUGGGGGAUGGUAGCAGACCGUAUCGGGAGGAAGCCUGUUAUUGUUUUUGGAAUUUUCUCCAUGCUUGUAUUUAAUACUUUGUUUGGUCUAAGCACAAACUACUGGAUGGCAAUAACUUCGCGUUUUCUUGUUGGAUCUUUGACUGCUUUACUUGGCCCAAUAAGAGCUUAUACAAAUGAAAUUUGCCGACCUGAGCAUCAAGCUAUUGGAAUGUCACUUGAUAGUACAUCAUGGGCAGUAGGUCUUAUUAUUGGACCAGCUAUUGGCGGUUAUCUUGCACAGCCGGCAGAAAAAUAUCCAAUGUUAUUUCCCGUGAACUCACUAUUCGGAAGGUUCCCAUAUUUCUUACCUUGUUUAUGUAUAUCGAUCUUUUGCUUUGUUAUCCUUAUAAGCUGCAUAUGGCUCCCGGAGACCCUACAUAAUCACAAACUUGACAAAAUAGAAGAUCGAGCAAAUGGAUCUUUCAUUGCACAUUCAGCCAGUUCUGAAGAGCUUAUUGAGCAACAAGUUAAAUCAGUUCCAACUAAGAACUUGCUUAAAAACUGGCCAUUGAUGUCUUCUAUUGUUCUCUACUGUAUUUUCUGCUUUGAUGACAUGGCUUAUACAGAGAUAGUUUCUCUAUGGUCUGAGAGUGAUAGAAAGUAUGGCGGACUAAGUUUCUCACCUCAGGAUGUUGGUCAAGUGUUUGCAAUUACAGGUGGUAGCGUUGUUUUGUAUCAAACAUUUAUUUAUCCUCAGAUCGACAAAAUUCUUGGACCAAUUAACACUUCACGUGUUGCAACCGUUGUUUCUAUGGUGCUUCUUUUUACUUAUCCACCUAUGACACACCUAUCAAGACCAUGGCUCCCAAUAAUAUUAAAUAUCGUAUCAGUUCUUAAAGCUAAUUGUCUUGUGUCCAUUGUUACCUGCUGUUUCAUUCUUCAGAAUAACUCUGUGAAUCAAGAUCAAAGAGCAACUGCCGAUGGCUUAGCCACCACUAUAAUGUCGGUUUUUAAGGCGUGUGCUCCAGCAGGAGCUGGCAUUGUGUUUUCAUGGGCACAAAGACGCCAACAUGCUUUCUUCUUUCCAGGUGACCAAAUAUUGUUCUUCCUUCUAGUUGUUGUCGAGUUUCUUGGACUGGUUUGGACAUUCAAGCCAUUUCUUGCCAUCCCAGAGAAAUUUCCUCAAAAUUAGUACUCCAAUUAAGAUUUGAGUUUGUUGAGAAGUUUAUUUGUGGGUAGAUUUUCUGGAGAAGUUGUGUCACAUGUAUUAGCUACAAGGAUUGGUAUGUUCUAUGUAAGAGAGGAAGGUUUUGUUUACCUUCUUAUGUAAUUGGGUGGCUAAAAGGCAUGUGACCAAACAUAUAUAUACUAAUUGGUAUAAUAUAUUUGUCUAAGAAGGAAAA